CUUUUCAUUUUCUCUAUCUCUCCGUCUCUCAUUUUCUAUUUUUGCAGCUACUCUCUCUGCAGUCUCAAAUUCCACACCAGAUACCUCUUCCUUUCUGCUAUAACCAUCACUCCACUCUUCUUCUUUCAUUUGGGUCUUUGUAGACAUGGAAAGCGAGAGAUAUCUAAGUUUUUUGCUUGUGAUUUCAAUGGGAUUGAUGUGUUCCCACGCGUAUGAUUACUAUGUUGGAAGCAAAGAUGGUUGGGUAUUGAACCCAUCUGAGAAUUUCAAUCACUGGGCUGAAAGAAACAGGUUUAAAGUCAAUGAUUCUUUAGUAUUCAAGUACAAGAAAGGAGGAGAUUCUGUGUUGAUGGUAAAUAGAGAGGAUUAUGACAAAUGCAAUACAAAAAAUCCAAUAAAGAGCUACAACGACGGCUACUCGACGUUCAGCUUUAAUCGAUCUGGUCCGUUCUUCUUCAUCAGCGGGACUCCUGGCAAUUGCGACAAGGGUCAGAAACUGGUGGUUGUGGUCUUGGCAGUGAGACAGAAACCCCCUCCUAUCUCUCCCCUGCCAUCUUCACCUCCUCCAACGUCAUCUCCAUCUCUUCCUCCAUCACCAUCUCCAAAAUCAUCUCCAUCUCUUCCUCCAUCUCCAUCUCCAAAAUCAUCUCUAUCUCCUUCUCCUUCAUCUACAUCUCCUUCUCCAACUUCAUCAUCUCCUUCUCCUUCAUCCACAUCUCCUUCUCCUUCAUCUACAUCUCCUUCUCCAACUUCAUCAUCUCCUUCUCCUUCAUCCACAUCUCCUUCUCCUACUUCAUCAUCUCCUUCUCCUUCAUCCACAUCCCCAUCUCCAUCUCCUUAUCCAACUUCAUCAUCUCCAUCUCCUUCUCCUUCAUCUGAAUCCCCAUCUUUAUCUCCUUCUCCGACUUCAUCAUCUCCAUCUCCUUCUCCUUCAUCUGAAUCCCCAUCUUUAUCUCCCUCUCCAACUUUAUCAUCUCCAUCUCCAUCUCCUUCAUCUACAUCCCCAUCUUCAUCUCCUUCUCCAUCUCUUUCUCCAAUUCCUCUUACCUCUCCUUCUCCAUCUACCUCGAACGAAGCGCCACAAGCUUCUCCACCAGGCACUGAAGUCCCAUCUCCUUCAGCUCCACCUGGUACGUCUGGAUCUUCAUCUUCGCCAGCAGGAACCCCUCCACCUCCAUCUUCUUCUCCUCGCACAUCCUUGAUUUCAGGUGUUUCUACUGUAGUAAUGGCUGUGGUGGUGUUGGCUUCUUUUGUUGGGCCUUUUUAAUCGUGACUUUUAAUGACAUGGGCUUGAAUUGGUAAAGAUUAAAGAGGAACGGUCGUCCAUGCAUUCUUUUGAAUUUUCAUUUUCAUUUUCAUUUUUUUAAUAAACGGAUUUUCAGAGAUUGUGGUUAGUGUUUCGAUUCCCCCCUUUGUAAUAAGUUGUAAUGUUUUGGGAUUCUAAUAUUCAAGUAACUUCUCGUGUAA